AUUAUUGUUUUAGGGGCUUUCGGCAUUGGGAUGACAAAUGCUGGAUUUACGCAUUGAUGAGCACUUUGUCAUUAGAGUUUUUAAUUAUCGACCAACACCAGAAACUUUUGGUCGAAAGGUCACAGGCACCUGUGCACUGAACUCUGACGUCAUCGCCUCAUUACAGCCGAGAGCCAUCAUAAUUAUGUGGAGUCGGCUUCUUCCGCAACCGCAGAAUCUUUAGACGUCUCUUCUUGCCCGCGAGCCCAUAAAUAAAGCCGAUCUUGGCUCAUUUUUAACGAUCUGCAUAUUUUGGCAACAUAAUUAACGGUGAAAAGAAUGUGAAAAGUAGCGAAUCGUAACGCGAAAGCCAGAAACACAAAACGAAUCAGACAAAAAAAAAACAGAAAAGAAAGAUACACGCGACUUUAAAGAAAGGCGAUAGAAAGAAGCAGAAGGUUUCUACGAGUCUCGAGCAGUUCGCUGUCUCUCAGUUCGAAAUCUCCCGUCCAUCCCAUCGGUGCCUCGAGCAAAUCUACUGGCCAGAAGCCCAAGUGAAACCGCUGAUAAUGCAAAAGGGGAAGUGCCAAAAAAAGCGAGUUAAGUGAGAGCAAAUCUAAAAGAAAGCAUCAUCAUAUCGGAUAUCGCCGCUGGGGUCGCCAAUUAAUCGUACUCAAUGAUCGCGAUUAGCGAUAACACGCUUGGUCAGCGAUUAAUGCGUCUGCAACUCGCAUUUCUCCUGAUCGGUUUUUGGGAUACUGUUGAGGCUUUGACAGUCGACAAUCAAUUGGUAUCGGCACGAAAUGACUGCUUCGAACGGAUUGCACUGGAGGCGAUGCUGCCAUUUGAGAAGACCUUCCGCACCGAAGACACCAACUCGUUGAAGAUGUGCAAGGAGAAGUGCCUGCAGGCGGGCGAGAAGUGUCAGGCCAUCUCGUUUGGUGUUCAUCGACGCGGAAACGGCACUUGUCAGUUGUCAUCGGAGCAGUACGGAUCGGGGGGCGGCGGGCGGCCGGGGGGCGUCAUUUUCGAUCCCGACUUUGAUCUGUACACGCGCAAGACGAACUGCUUCGACUUGAGCGACAACUCGAUUGCCCCCGGUCCACUGCCCAUUCCCGGACCCAGUCCCAUUUCUCCCGGUCCGACGCCACUGGAUCUGCCCAACAGGCCUUUGGAUGUGGGCAAUACGCCCGUGCUGGUGGUGAACCCCACGCCCCACACCUCGCCUGGUGGUGGUGGUGGUGGUCCUCCUCCGCCACUGGGACCACCCUCCUCUCUGCCACCCCCUGGAGUUGGUGAUCGCCUUUACUUCUCGCACGAUCUGUAUCCCCUCUACAAAUACCCAACUCUGUACGAGAACAACUACCCGUCGACCAACGAAGAGGCCUACAUUCCCGGUGGCUAUGCAGCCAAUGCCCCCGAGGUGGAUGAGCGUUAUCGACCGCACUACGGACCCAUCGAACCGGCAGAGGACGAGGGCAUUAGGCCCACGCCCCACAGCCCGCCCAGACCUAUCUUUGGAUUGGGCUAUGGAAAUGGCUAUAGCUACGGGUCCCCGGAGAGAUAUACACCGCCGACGGGGAGGCCAUCAAGUGGUUCCUCGGAGGAGCGUCCCAGUUAUGCUGGCAGACCACCGCGUCCCACUGCCGAUCGUCCGGAAUAUCCGCCAGGGCCACCACGACCCACUGAGUAUGCACCCCGUCCCACGGCCGAUCGUCCGGAGUAUGCUCCACGCCCCCAUGACAGCUCCACACCGCCUUCUUACGGACCACGCCCCAGUCCCAGCUAUGAUCCCCAUCGCGAACCCCGUCCUGACUACACCAAUAGACCCGAUCCACCAGCCAUGCCGCCGCAUGAUGGUUACGGAAUGAAUGGACCAUCGGCACGGCCACCGCCUCCUCCCUACGAGGGUCCACCUCCACCGCCACGGGAUGAGUACGUCCGUCGGAAUGGCAGUGCCAUGCGACCCGGAGACGGAUACGGAGGAUAUGAUGAUGACAAAACUAUUGCCACCUACUUCAAUCCCGAUGACUUCAUGCAAGGAAACAAACGACCAAUGCCUGGCGAUAGAGACCGCGAUCGACUGGGAUAUCCCAUGGAUGAACUAAAGGCUUGCUUCCGGCGAGUCCUGGCCGGCAAAAGGAUUGCCCCUCACUUCGUGCGCCGCUCCAUAUCCUGUGAGCGGGUGGAGGAGUGCAUGCGGGAGUGCGGACGGGAGCGCAGGUUCAUGUGCGAGGGCUUCAACUACCGGCUGGAUCCGUCGGGUCAUGGCCAGGGCGAUUGCGAGCUGGUCGAGAUGCCGCUGGCCCAGAUGGACCUCUACUCCAGUCCGGAUCGCCGGGAUGCCAAUCUGCUGAGGCAUCCGGACUACGACUACUACGAGCGGGAUCGCAAUGCGCCGAGCAGCUGUCGUCGCAGUGCUUGCCAGGAUUGCUCCAAGGGUCCGGUGAGCAGUCAACCCGUGUACUUCAAGCCCAGUGCGGGCGGCGGCUAUGGAGAUCGGGACAGGGAGAGGGAUCACUACCGUCCGCCGGUUAGCACGGCCGUGGAUCACUAUCGCGGACCAUCGGGUCCACCGGGCAGCUCCUACGAGCACCGACCGCCGCCCUUCUCCUCCGAGUUCCAUGGCUCGCACAGCUCGUCCGCCCAUAGCUCGUCCUCCCAAUCCUCCUAUGAGUUUUCCUCCCAUGGCUCCGGCUCGAGCACGGGCUCCAGUUCAGGAUACUUUGGCCACACCCCGCCCAGCAGUUAUGGCGGUGACCAUGCCUACGUCGAUCGCCACGAUCCACCACACUAUCGCCCUGGCAGACCGGACCGCUGGGAGACUUUGCCAAGUAGUUCCGGCUACGAUAGCUCCGUCUACAGACCGCCACGCCCGGAAACGGAUCGCAUUGACAAGUACCGGCCACCCUAUCGUCCUGGCUCGGAUUACUCACCCUAUCGACCACCGAGUCGUCCGUCGCACAACUACCUCGACCGCGAUGGACCAGGAGCACCGGGACCACCCGGCUCCUACAAGAAGCCCAACAAGUUCGUACCCUAUCUGAUUGGUGGCGAGGACAACUGGGGACACUACGGCGGCAGCUACGGCGGAAGCAGCAAGCACUCCUCCUCCUCAUCCUCCUCAUCGUACUGGGGUCUGAGUGAGUCGCAGCGGCGCAAGGACCAGCAGGACUUCAACUAUUUCCAGCUGGGGGCCCCGACCCCUCAUCGCGAUUCCAACUCGGUGCUCAGCUAUCCGGGAUCUGGCUACGAGGAGGAUUACCCAAGGAGGCGCAACGAUUACCGUCAGCAGUGGACACGGCGACCGGGACAAGAUGAAUGCUCGGCCAAAACCAGCGAGGGAUUCCGGCUGCACAAGACGGCCGUGAAGCACGCCUACAACGUGCCCACUUUGACGGAGUGCGAGCGCCUGUGCUCGGAUCAGCGGCCCAGUUUCAUUUGCCACACCUACAGCUACAGGUAUAACCAGGCUGGCAGGGACAACUGCAUGCUCUGUGACCGACCCAUCAAUAUGCUCGACUACUACGUGGACAUAGAGCCGGAUCGGGACUACGACAUCUACUCCAUGGCGGACGACAUGGACGUGUGCCGGCAGCCUCCGCCAUCGCGACGACACGAUACCGCCGGUCCGAGCACCGCCCUCUCGGAUCCCCGAAAUGCACAAUGCUUCUUCCGUGCAAUUGAUGCCACACGUUUCUUCAAGUCAAUUGUGCGCGACUCGCUGACCGUGCGAUCUGUGGGCGAAUGCGAGAUGGAGUGCAUCCGGUCCACGAAGUUCACCUGCCGGGCCUUUGCCUUCCGAUAUGGCCAGCAGCGGCAUGCCGGAGUCAUCGACAACUGCCAGCUGAGUGACUGGCCGGUGAGGGACAUGGACAAGGAGCGCCAUCUCAUCCUGGACGCAGCCUUCGACAUUUUCGAGCGGGCGAGCUAUGGCCAUGGAUGCGAGAUCCAGCCGAUUGUGGAUGAGAAGCACAAGAAACUCUGCUAUUUGGGUUAUGGAUCUCCGGCUAGACUGCUUCCGCCGGCCAUUAAGAAGGUGAUUUCCGUGCCCUCGGAGAUGGCCUGUAAGAAGGAGUGCAUCCGCUUCCGCGAGACGACGCCUUUCAAGUGCUUUGCUUUCAGUUAUGGCUCCCAUGCUAGCACCUUCAACUGCGAGCUUUCCGAUCUGGAUCAGACCGAGUUGAAGCAGGAUGUGCACUAUGCACACACCAAGGAUCGCGACUUUUGGCUCUUCGCCUGGAAUCCCUUCGACUGGACCUGUCGCGACAAGGUCAACACGAUUGGCGGAUCGAGGGUUAAUAACGAUCGCCGCAUGGACAUCUUCCGGGAACCGGGCGACGUGGCCUGGCGCCACUACACCGUCUCCGGCAAACCCUGCCGCCGAAGCAGCCCCUGCGCCAAGAAUCUGAUCACCGGCUUCUACUCCUGCGAGACGGACGCCUCCGAGGUUGGCUCCUGGGACUACUGCUGCAAGGCGGACCAUCCCUGCGGCUACAGCAAGGGCUUCGAUUAUCCCUGGUGCUUUGUGGGCGACGAGUCGGACCAGUGGCGCAAGUGCAGCGAUCGGUACUUCCCCGGCAAGAACGGCACCCAGGCGACGCACUCCCAUUUGGGACUGCCCAGUGCCAAGGAGCAGCAGAAGCAUCCGCAUACGCAUUCGCAUCCGCAUCCGCACCAUUCGCAGCCGGCGACAGCGGCCAGCAGCGAAUAUAGCCAGCAUCCCCCGCGACCCGGCGGAUUGCAGAGCCUCAGUGACUUUGCCGCUGCCCGUCUGUGGCCCGUGACCUACCUGUACAGUGAGGGCCCGCCCAAUGCCACCGAGUUCAGCAACUUUGUCGACUGCAACAAGGAUUCGUGCUAGUGGUGCGAUGAUCUAUGCUGGCUUUAGUUUAUUAAGCAAUACUUGUGUACAAUAGAUUCCCCCUGAGAACCCAAAAUCCAACAUCCAAUAUCCAAAACCCAAGCCCCUAAUCCCGGACAGAUCUACUCGGACCGCGUGGACGUUGUCGUUGUGAUCAUCAUUGAGAUUGGAUACCAUUGUCGUCAGAGCCAAGCGAAACCAAUUAACUUAUUAACUUAACUCCCCUGAAUGUUAAAUGCAACCUUAAUGACAGCUUGCGUGCAGGCAUUCUUUCUAUCUAUAAGCUGAAUUGUAUGUAUUAUUAAUAAAAUUAGUUUUUACGAAGAUAAAAAA